AUGUAUUAAAUUAAAACAGAACUUCAACCAAUUGCUAUUGUUAGUUUAUAAAUGAAUGAUAGAGAUGAAGAAAUUAAAGUUUAUGAAGGUGAGAAUGUGGAGCAUGUUGUAAGAUUAUUUUGUUAAAGGCAUUAUUUGGGAUAAGAUUGUGUUUUAUAUUUAGUUGAUCAAAUUAAUCAAUAAUUAGAAAGAGAAUCGUCUCCAAGAUUUGGAGAAAGCUUUGGUUAUAAUAACAUUUGUCAUUAAAUGCUUCAUCCAAGUCAUAGUUAAUAGAGUGAGUGUGCAAUUACAACCUAAACUAGUAGUGUUGAUGAGAAUUAAAAUUCAGCUUAAAAAAGUUAUGAAAAAUGGUAAUAAAUCAUAAAUAAAAAAUCAGAUCUUAAAUAAUAAAAAACUGUACCUUAAAAUACAGUUUUAUGGAAUGUUCCUACUUCAGCUAGAUGUAUAAAAUUUUAAAUUUAUGAUAAGCUUUCAACGAUAAUAAAAAAGUUUCAACUAAUGAAAGACUUUAUCGAGAUGGUUUGGAUAAACAAAAAAAUAAAAUACAAAAAGCUGAAUAAUAUAAACUUUAAAAAUAAUUGUUAGAAUAAAAACAAAUCACAUUCUAACCUUUAAUCUCUCCUAGAUCAAGAUAAAUGGCAGAAUUAAAAAAAUUAAGUUAACCUGAUUGUUCUAUUAAUAACAUUGGAAGUUAAUUAUAUUAAAAGGGUUUAGAAUUGAAUUCAAAAAAAGAAAAAUUACGAAUGUAAAUUUAAGAAUAAGAAAGAAAAUUAUCUCCUUUUUAACCUAAAAUUACAGAGACAAGUAGAAAUCAUUCUCAAAAUAGAUCCAAUACACCUAUAUAUGAUAAAUUGUAUUUUUAAGCUAAAGAAGAUAUGAAAAAGAAAGAAGAAUUUUAAAAUAGAGAAUUUUCUAAAAUGCAUCCAUUUCAUCCACAUUCUUAAAAUAAUUCAAAUAAACAUACAACUGCAAUAUAAUAAAAGAAAUUAGUAGAAAAAUUAGUUAAAGAACAUGAAGAAAAAUAGAAAAGAAUAGAGAAAAAAAAGUAAAGUAAAGAAAAUAUUUAUUAGACAAGAGUAUUAGAUUUAAGUUUAAAAUUAAGUAACUUUUAAACCAAAUAUAAAUAAGGAUGCAACAUAUAAGAAAAUUAGUGAGAAGAAAGAGUAUGAAGAUAUAGAGAUUGCAAUGGAUUUAUAGAGAAUAUAGUCAGGAUUAUAGAGUAAAAAUUCAUUUAGUUAAUGUGAAACAAGAACUUAAUCCUAAUAAAGUUAAUAGUCUUUAUUUGAUAUGAAUAUACAGAGGAUUUUUAAUUAAUUGGAUAGUGAUUAAGAUGGAUAUAUUAGUAAGGAAAACAUUAGUUUGGAUGAGUUAGAUUUUGAGAGUUUGAAAGCAAUAGAAGUAGUAUUAAAUUAGAUUGAUGAAGAUGAAUAUACAGAGAUUAAUUUAAAGGGAUUUAAGAAAUUGUGCGAAAUGCAUUAAUUGCAUUAAUAAUUAAAUAGUUUAUGA